AAAUUAUUGUUUCGUGUGUGAAGGUGGUGGCGUAAGGUUCGGGCGGGCAGUCUACGCGCGUCGGCCGAGCGGCGCGGACCGAUAACCCGUGGAUGUAACAUCGUGCGCUUCGAACACGUCGCGUGUGAUUGUGCUUUUUUUAUUUUAAUUUUUUAUCUGUGAUCUGUGUGAGGAUUUUUAUUUACUAUACAGAACUUCGGUCAUCAAAACUCCGGAGGCGUAUCUCUAGGAUUGUCGAAUAAGUUUGGCUGUGAAACAACAAAGUGAAUACGAUUUCGCAUGCGACCUGCAAGCUAGCUGAUAGAAAACCAAAGGGUUCUAUACCCCAGACCAAAGAUGAGACGGGUUUCGUGGGCGGUGGCGCUGUUAGCGCUUUUCGUCGCCACGUUAGCAGAAACCACUGAAGAAUUAGUCAAAGAUGGAUCAGUGGAGAGUGCGAGUGUCUCAACGGGAAGUUCUCAAGAGGAACAACCAGAAGAACCAAAGGCCUACAUGAGGACUCCAGCGGUAGGAGGUGUAGCUGUGAGGAGUGGGGAGGAUGCGCUCCUCACCUGUGUGGUGCUAGGAGCUAAAGGUCGGCCGGUGCUGUGGAGGAGGGCGAAAGACCUUCAGCUUCUGACUGCAGGAGGAGUGAGGGUAACCAGAGAUGACAGAGUUGAUGUUCUACAUGAUGACUCCGACGAGCCUCUCCCAGGCCCUGGUAUCGCGAAGGGUGGUGAUGUGUGGGCGCUGGUCAUCAAAUCUGUGAAGGCAUCAGACGCUGGCCUGUAUAUGUGUGAGCUGAACACAGAGCCACCUGUCAGGAGCUUCCACAAGUUAACAGUAAUAUCAAGAGGACUGACUCCGCCAGAGAACCAGAACGUCACAGACAGUUACUCAGCAAAUAUCCCCACCCUAUCCUCCCUGGCACUUUCACACAACUACACAGACUGCUGCGUCGCUGCCAACGUCACGAAGACCUGCCUCGGUUUCUGCAGCAUACAGACUAUUCUAGAAGGAACGGGCCAGGAUCCUGAGACCUGCCAGCCAGACUUUCCUGCUAUUGUCAAGUGUAUGGCAGAUGGUCGCAACCAUGUACCAUGCUGUGUCCAAGAAAGAGUGCCAGACAUUUGCCAAGAUGUCUGCCGCGGGGAGUUCACUCCUGUCACAGACAACAUUAAAACACAUUACUCAUGUGCCUCGUACAUGGAGAAAACCUUGGCCUGCAUCGUUGAAGGAAUUGAACUCCUUCCAAGUCCGCCAGAAGACGUAGAAGUGGAACCGUUAAAUGAAAAACAACUAAACGUAUCAUGGAGUCCGCCAGUAGAAAAUACGGAUUCGGUCAUAGAAUAUGUUGUAAAUGUGACAACACUGAGAUCCUUUGAUGCCCACUUAAUAGACCCAUCAGAGAGUUCUAUCAAGAACAAUGAUACUAUGAAGACUGUUCUUCCAAUGACGUAUAAAGUACCUCCGAAUAAAACAUACUUUGUCGUCAACGAUCUGCUUCCAUUUACGAUGUAUGAGAUCACUGUGACGUCAUACAAUAUCCAUGGGUCCAGCUUACCUAGUUAUGCCAUCAGGUCUUUAACCCUGACUCCUGGGAAGAUGAAGUCGACGGAUGUAGCAGCAGCUCCCAAGUUGCCAGAUGUUCGUGGAUGCUGCGUCGCUGCGGGGGUCAAUCACUACGGAUGUGUCGACAAACUUUGUGACCCCACCAAGACCUUCGAAAUUGCAGUCACAGACCUGAUGAUCUGCGCACCCUGGGCUGGUGUGACCUUCGGCUGCCUGGCUAAUGGGAUGGACCAUACUCCGUGCUGCCGGUCAAAAGGUCUCCCGGAGUCCUGUCUUCCAUUGUGCAGUGGAAACAUCACAACUCUUGACUUCAAUCAUUUCAAGUGCCUUCGCUACAUGAACUCUUACACCAACUGCCUCCUCCGAGGAUACGGUGUCCUCCCUGGGGCUCCCUCCCGCCUGUACCUGACGAACAUCGACACAGACUACGCAGUAGUGCACUGGUCUCCUCCUGCGGCAUUGGCUGAUACUGUGCAGUACUACAACCUUCAUUACAAGGCUCUGCAAGCUGGAGAUGAAUACAGGGUUUUGGAGAAGGUACACUCGCCAUACAUCUUAGAAGACCUGGAGUCUAACAUGGACUAUGAGAUCUAUUUGGAAGCUGUUAACGAACAUGGAGUGGGUGACGCUUCACCCAGACUCAUCUUUAGGACACAGAGUCAAGUGAUAGAAGAAGAAGAAGAAGUAGCGAACUCUUACAACGUGACAGCGUGUUGUGAGCGUGUUCAGCUGGCAGGCGUGUGUAUGCCGCUCUGCUCCUAUGACGCCAAGAUGUCUGAUCUCAGGAUGCUGGCUCCUCUAUGUGCCCAGGACUUCCAUAAGCUUCUCAGAUGUGGAGCUGGAGGUCGCAACCAUGAGCAGUGCUGUGCGCGGCGCGGCGUCCCGAGUUCGUGUCGCGGCGUGUGUGCCGGCGCAUACAGCGGCGGCGUCAACUCCUGCGUGCCUUACAUCGGGAACAUCGUACAGUGCUUCGAAGAAGGUACUGGCCUCUUACCAGGCCCUCCAAGAGAACUGCAUGCCCUGGUGAACUCCAACAGUGUGUUCUUGGACUGGACAACUCCUCAGGAUGGAGCCAACGCCACGUCAUACGUGGUCUACUGGCAGAAGAUCGACAACAAUUCCCAGCCUUACAGCUACAAUACUAUGCAGAAUACUUAUAAUAAACUGAACGUGUCAGACACGAUGACCCACAUCAAUGACCUGGAGAAGAACAGUACUUACCACGUGUUUGUGGUCGCUGCCAACAUGUACGGAGAGUCGCUACCUUCCAGCAUGCUGCUCUUCAACGUCUCCGAGACUGAAGAGAAGGAAGUAGCAGGAAUCCCGUCUCCGCCCCACUCUCUAUCAGUGUCCUCUCACUCGGCGACAUGGCUGACUCUGACCUGGCAACCGCCACAGUUCUCCCAACCUGACGAGAAGAUCUCAUACACAUUAUUCUACAAGUCACCAUCUCAACUAAGUCAGACCAACGUCACGAACAUUACAACGACCGUGCCAGGACAUACGCUGGAGAAGUUGGCACCAAACACCCAAUAUGUCAUCUGGGUGAAGGCUCACGCUACAGCUGGAGACUCCCAACCUUCGGAGACGUUACUGGCCUGGACUGAUCCAGCUUACCCUGCUUAUGUUGAGCCCCCAUCGGUGAACCCCGUCAACCUGGUAGUCGAGGGUUCCAGUAUGACAAUCCUGUGCAUCGCAAUGGGAACACCUACGCCGACCAUCUCAUUAUACAUAUCUGGUCGCCUCGUCCGCCAAGAAGUGACACGACACAUGGUGACCGUCAUCCACAACGUCACAAGAGACAUGGAUCAAAUAUCCUGCUACGCUGAUAAUGGAUACGGCACUCCAAUGCAAGCUUCCAGAAAGAUCAACAUUUCACAUGUACCAACAAUCCAAGCGUCUGGUAUCACAAUGGCGGCUGCUGGAGACGCCGUGAUCCUCGAAUGCCGAGUGGAAGCUCUCCCUAAACCUACCAUUGCAUUCUGGAGGGACCCUAACGGAAGAACUCCUGUCAUUGAUGGACCUAACUAUACUAUACAGCUUCUUGCUGAUCCUGAGGAACAAACCAAAUACACGAUGCGUUUGAUAAUAAAGAAGAUAGCAGAAGCUGAUGAAGGAGACUAUUUCUGUCACGCAGAGAACGCAUUUGGAAAGACUUUGAGGCCUGUCUCUGUGAGACUGAGGCCCACGAUGCCUCACCAUAACGUCACUGCGUGCUGUACACAAAUGAACGUGUCAUCUUCCUGCAUAGACGCGUGCAGCUUCCACCUGGAGAUGGACAACAUCAUGGACCGUCCAGAGUGCAUGAACGACUUCGACAAACUCAUGAAGUGCGCUGCCGAUGGAUCUGACCACCGCAGUUGCUGUGCAUCAUGGGGCGUGCCCCGCCAGUGUCUGGAGCUGUGCCGUGGUGGCGCGGUAUCCCGGUCCUGUGCCAUGCACCACGCGCGCCGUGCUCUGGCGUGCUUCAGGGACGCUGGCCCGCGCCUACCUGGACCACCCAGAAACGUACGAGCUCAUCAUGCACCCACGCCCAAUUCUGUACUGCUCAGUUGGGAGCCUCCACUAAAGAAUCCUCAGACAGUUUAUCUUUACCGCGUGUUCUGGCGAGCGUACGGUGCGAAGGUACCGGAGAAGUUGGACACCAGCGAGACCAGCGUUGUGCUGACUGGUCUUCAGGACGACGUCAAGUACGAGUGUGUCGUUAAAGCAGCGAAUGAUGUUGGUACAUCUUCGCUGAGCGCGCCAAUAAUGUUCACGACGGCGGGCCAGGAGCCUGGCGCCGCGGCCGCGCCAGUCAACAGUGGUGGCGCCGCACCGGCUGUUGGCGUCGCCGUCGCCUGCCUGCUCGUCGCAGCCAUACUGCUAGCUGCAGGCUUCUACUAUAGAUAUAGGAAGAAUCUUAGACUUAAAGCACAAGGAGGUGUAGCAUUUGAAAACCCAAGUUACCUCAGGGAACCAAAUCCUGAUACAGCCGUCAACGGCACCGUGCCAAAUGGCACUGCUAACGGCUCAAAUGGCACCAACGGUGUGGCACCAAUGGCCAACGGAGUAUCAAAUUCAGCAGCCUGGAGACAAGAAACCCUAAAUAACCCUGGAACAACGAUCCCGAAUGCUCGGGAAGUGGACCCGACGCUUUAUGAGGAACUGAAGUUAGGGCACGAUGGGGCAGGGUUCAAGAGACUGAAGCCAUAGCCCGAGGUGGCGCGCCGCUCCCCGCUCCGCUCGCCGCGGGUGGCGCCGCGCUACUGAGCGCCUCGGGCGCCGCCCUCGCCACUACACCGACAACACGCAACGGUUUCUUACGCUUACUUUAACACUCAAAUUAUUUGAUCCUCAGUUAAAAGUGACAAACCAUGUUAAAAGAUUUCUUUCCAAAUUUACAUUCCAUUUUCUAAUAAUUUGCGCAAUUAAGUGUUCGAUUUUUAAAAUUUUAAAAUAACCGUUAAAUUCAAACGAUUCGUGUUCCAAAAAAGUGAGCGAGUGAUACCAAUAUCGCGUACAUUGACUGUAGUGUUUCUGUAUAUUCAGAUAGUUGAAGUGACGGAGCGGACUGUAGAUAAUAAAAUAUUAAUAAUAAUAAAAAAAAGUAAUUAUAUUUUCAGUAUCGUACUUGUUGUGAUUUUAACCAAAAAAAGAAGACCUCAUACCUUCUUGUCAUUCCAUGUAAAUAUUUAUAACUACCCAACGAAGUGAAUUACAAUCAUAUUACUAUAGAAUGGUUGCACUCUCGUUGGCUGGCAAUUAAGAUGAAGAUUCUUUUACGCGUUCGACACAAAAAAAAAUAAGUGCAAUAUUAAAACUAAAAACUUCAUAUUCGACAAUUGUUUGUAAAUAUUGAGUAAUUACUGUGCUAACGCGUAAAAAAAUUACCGUCGUGGAGUUCUAUAGAUCAUUAGCUUCAGAAAAAAAGACAGAAUAAAAUAAAUUAGGUCAUUCUAUAAACAAAAAUGUGCCUUCAAAUGUUUUAUGAAGUAAUUAGUAAUAGCUUAGUUACCUGUUCGGCAUGUAAAUUGUAUCUAGUGUAAAUAUAUGUGUACACUAACGUUCAAUAGUCAUUUUGUACAGAGUUUGAGAAAAUUCAAACGAAAAAUGUAAAAAAAAUCGAGUAAUUUUUAGUCGAGUUUGAAAAAAACGUUAUUGAUUUGAAUUGACGAUAAAGACUUUUCUCUGUAGUAUACAUAUUAUGAAGUAGUAACGAAAAGUGAUUCUGAAAUAAUCUUUAUAAUAAACCAGAAAUAAUUAGGGACAUUUUGAUAAAAUGUAAUAAAAAAAAAAUAUUGUAAAAAAAAAAUUCGGACUGGCUUUGCCAUAUCAGUUAACAUUGUUUUGUAAUUAAAUGUAAAAAAAAAGUUAUCACAAUUUUUCUUUAAGUAUGUUUUUUAAUAGAACUUUUAGAUUAUGACCUAAUUUCAAUAUUAAAAAAAUAUUUUCCUGGAAAAUCACACUUAAAUGAUCUCAUUCCUGACCUUUCUAUUGUUUGUCACACAGAAUGUUAAAAAAACUUGACUGUUACAAUAUCAUUACAGAAAAAAAAAAUUCUUUACGCGACCUUAAAUCCUUUAAAAAAAUUUUGCAAAUCGGUCCAGGCGUCUUCGAGUAAUCGGUGUACAUACAUAAAAAAAAAAAAUACUCGUCGAAUUGAGAACCUCCUCCUUUUUUGAAGUCGGUUAAAAAAAUGUCUUCUUUGAUAAACAAUGGCCUAAAUCUUGUACUACCCUCAUAAAAAUUGAUAUAGUGUGAGAUACAUUGCUCAGAUGUGAUUGAUAGUUUUAUUUUAGCACUUCUAUCAUACUAAUUGUAUAAUUUAGAUGAACAAAAGGAUGUGAUUAGAUUUGUAAAUAAUAUUAAUAAAAAAGGACAAAUAUGUU